AUGGCCGCAGACGCAGUGCAGGAGCUCAGGCAGCAGUGCCUUCAGAGAGGCGCCGCGGGGAUCAAGGGUCUUGGAAGGACGUUUCGCAUUAUGGACGAUGAUGGCAGUAAAUCUCUGGACUUCCAGGAGUUCGAGAAGGGGCUGGAGAACUACGGCGUGUCUGUGGGGAAGGACAAAGCACAGCAGAGCUUUGCCGUGAUGGACAAGGAUGGAACUAUCAACUUUGAUGAGUUUCUUGAGAAAUUAAGGCCGUCCAUGUCGAGCGCACGGAAACAGGUGAUCAAUCAGGCUUUUCGGAAGUUUGAUAAGACAGGAGACGGCGUUGUGACCAUAGAAGAUCUACAGGGUGUUUACAACAGCAAACACCACCCCAAAUACAAGAGCGGAGAGUGGACAGAAGAACAAGCCUUCCGCUCUUUCCUGGAAAGCUUCGACUCUCCGUAUGACAAAGAUGGAAAGGUGACGCUGGAGGAGUUCCUGAACUAUUACAGUGGAGUCAGUGCUUCUGUCGACAGCGACGAGUAUUUCAUCACCAUGAUGAAGAACGCAUGGAAGCUGUAGUCAUCAUCAUCAUCUCACGUGCAUGCACUCGUCUGACGCGCGCAGAAAUCAGUUUCGACGCAUCCAAUUUGUCAUUAGAUAUAACACUGAGAUGGUGCAGAUUGUGCAAUAUUUACUCAUAGAAAUUCCGUGUCUAAUUAAAAGUGUUUGAUUUCUACAUCUUGCUUUAAUGUUGCACACACUGCUUGUUCCCAGAAGACGAAAUGAAAGCAUGUGUAUCUUGACCGGAACGCCAGUAAACGGCGUGACAGCUGUCAAAACCCGGGCUUGUAAGACCUCAGCUUCAAAAGAGCUUUAUUGAGCUCUCUGACAAACACUCUUCAAU